AUUUUCAACUUUAUUGUUAACCAAAACUUUGUGUUGUUCAUCUUCCCAUCUCCUCUUUCAACUCUAUAUAACAUCCAUGAUUUCUUCCAAAUGAACAUACCAUUCCUGAUUUCAAGCUCUCAACCAUUUGAUCAGGCUUAAUUUCCAAAAUCAUCAACUUUGCUAUAAUGGGAAGUACGAAAACCAACAACGACAACCAAGGGGUCGAACUCAUUGUCACAAGGACCGAAGAGCCAACACUUGUGCAACCCUAUGAGAAAACCGAAAAGGGUCUCUAUUUCCUAUCCAACCUGGACCAAAACAUCGCGGUUAUAGUACGCACAAUUUAUUGCUUCAAGUCAGAGAAAAAAGGAAACGAAACAGCCGCUGAAGUGAUCAAAGACGCUUUGUCUAAGGUUCUUGUUCAUUACUACCCCGCUGCGGGGAGGUUGACACUUAGCCCCGAGGGGAAGCUAAUUGUGGAUUGCACCGAUGAAGGCGCUGUUUUUGUUGAGGCCGAAGCUAACUGUAAUAUCAAAGAUAUUGGUGAUCAUACAAAGCCUGAUCCAGUCACUCUUGGCAAAUUAGUUUAUGACAUUCCUGGUGCAAAAAACAUUCUUGAGAUCCCUCCUCUUGUUGUUCAGGUGACAAAAUUCAAAUGUGGAGGAUUUGUGCUUGGAUUAGGCAUGAACCACAACCUCUUCGACGGAAUCGCCGCGAUGGAAUUCAUCAAUUCAUGGAGUCGAAUCGCGAGAGGAUUACCGCUAAAACAACCUCCAUUCCUCGACCGGACACUUCUCAAGGCCCGAAACCCUCCAAUCGUCGAAUUUCCUCACGACGAAUUCUUAGAGAUCGAAGACAUAUCAAACACUGCUGAUCUCUACAAAGAAGAAUUAUCCUACAAAUCAUUCUGUUUCUCGCCAGAAGAUCUCGAAAACCUAAAAGCCCAAGCCAUCAUAGAGGGACCAAUGUCCAGUUGCACCACUUUUGAAGCUCUAUCAGCUUUCGUCUGGAAAGCCAGAACCGAAUCGUUGAAAAUGAAACCCGAACAGAAGACUAAACUUCUGUUCGCGGUUGAUGGACGGGCUAAAUUCAAUCCGCCGUUGCCAGAAGCAUACUCUGGCAACGGCAUUGUUCUCACCAACGCUAUAUGCACAGCGGGAGAACAAAUCGAAAACCCGCUAUCCUUUACUGUUAAACUAGUCCAUGACGCGGUUAAAAUGAUUACAGACGGUUACAUGAGAUCUGCUAUUGAUUAUUUUGAAGUGACCCGAGCUAGACCGUCAUUAUCGUCCACAUUGUUGAUUACAACAUGGUCGAAGCUGUCGUUUCACGCUAAUGAUUUCGGUUGGGGGGAGCCGGUUAUGUCGGGUCCGGUUGCGUUACCUGAAAAGGAAGUGAUAUUGUUCUUGUCUCAUGGUGAGCAGAGGAAAAGUGUGAAUGUGUUGCUUGGAUUGCCUGUUUCUGCUAUGAAAACAUUUGAGGAGCUCAUGAAGCGUGUUUAAGAUUGAUUGAUUUAAGGUUGUUUCAUAAUUCAUGGGGUUUGUGUCUGUUGAAGUGUAUUUGUUAUUUGUUCAUCAUUUUUAUGUUUAUUGUUUGUUACAGAGUUUAUAUGGAUUAUGAUAUAUUGGAUGCUGAAUUCACACUGAAGUUGUAUUAAAUAUGUGGGAAAAUGAGAGUUUAUAUGUUAUUGUUUUUGGUUUU